AUGGCCAAUACCCUCUCAGCUGCAGUACACGAUGACCACCCCUUUGCCCUCGAACUCGCCAGUCUCCGCGCCGCCGUAUCGCGCUAUCAGCACGAAGCCCAUGCCGCCUCCCUCAAACUUCAACGACACUCUCUUGACAGCUCUCAAGCGGUAGACCAUGCACGCGCACUCGAGCGCGAGAACGCGCGGCUGAAGGAAGAGCUCGCUGUUCUCAGGGCCAAUCCGGACAACACCCCUUCGGAGGCUUCGACGCAGGUCGCGCAGCUCACUCUCGCCCUCCGCCGCCUUUCGGACAAGCUCACCGCCGUUGAGGACUCCUUUGCGCUUCAAACCAAGGACCUCGUCGAUUCCCAGAGGGAGCUCGCAGCCGCUCAGUUGGAUAUCGAGGCAGCUCACGCGCUCGCAGCGGAUGCCGUAGCGAGGGAGGAGGAGGGCCUCGCUCGUGAGCGGGAUCUGGAACGCAAAGCACGCAAGGCGGAGGAGGAGCAACGCAUGACAGAUCUUGUUGUUCAAGAGUAUGCAAGUCUGGUACGCAAGCUUGAAGGCCGUCCGAAGACGCACUCCACAACUUCUUCCAUCUCGUCCGUAGCCUCCAGUGACUUGCAGCAUGCAGCCAACGGUCCAUCCACUACACUUAUCGACAAUCUGUCGGAAGGAAAAGCAGGGCUGCAGAAACUCAUGGCGGAAUACAACGAGGAGAACGAACGAUUACACACGGAGAUCGCGCAGCUUCACGGGGGUAUCGCCAUCUUGAACAAGGAGCUGGAGGUGGCUCGUCAGAGCGCGGAACACGACCGUGACGACCUCGCCAAGGCUCUGCACGAACUUGAGAAGUAUCGCGCAGAUGACAAUACUGCCACGAAGAUGGUGUCACGAUACAUGAAAUUCUCGCAAACCUCGACGGAUACAUUGCAGAAGGCCAUGGAAGCCAUGAAGGCGCGUCACGCUGCUACCCUCACGACGCUUCAUUCCGAACUCUCCCAAGUGCAUCACGCACUGGAGCGUGAACAUGGGGAGUGCGAGCGAAUACGCACUGCGCUGGACGAACUUACCGAAGACAUCGCACGAGAGUCGUACGGGCGAAGACGCGAGGUUUCCCUGCGACUUGCAUUCCUUGGGCGAGAAGAGAACCUCGCAGAGGGGCUUCGAAGAUGGGUUCGCAGGGCCCGCGAAGCUUUGGAUCGCUCUUCUACAGAUGAAAGUCCGCAACACGAAGGCCUUCGGCAUGCGUUCUCUUCAGCCGUUUCGAACGCAGAGACCCUCUUGGACGCACUCAAUAGCUUACCUUCAGAAGUCGAUGGGUCCGACGUGGGGUCAUUAGCGCGGUUGAUUCUCGCUCAUAAUACGGUGGCGACACUAACACAGGAACUUCAAGCCGAGACCGUUCGGCGAUUAACAACAGAACGCAAGCUCAAUAGCCUUCCGACAAUAGGUCAUGGCUCUCAGGAUUGCAACGCCCAUCCCUCCUCCGUGGUACAACCUGUUCCGCACCGCCUCAGUCUUUCCCAAGACACUCUGCUCCUAAACUCUCAAACUUCGCCACCAACGACGGAAGUCCACCUCGCUUCUUCUUCGCAGAUCAUCGAUACCCCCGCGUCGGGUUCGGAAAACAUACCGAUUAUUGAGGUCGUCUCUGUACCACCCGUAGAAGACUUGCCUGAUCCAGCCGGCCUUGUGCUGGAGCCUAGUGCAUCAGGUGUCUCCCCCCAACCCUCAGAACCCGAACAUUCUGAGCCCACGUCGCCGCUGCCUGACAGCGAAGGUGUUCUUGCGAUAGAACCGCCUGCUAUAGUUGUCAACGUCUCGACCCCUCUACCCACACCCCUCGUCGGCGAAUAUCCCUCGUCUUCUAUGCAAAGUGAACCUUUGGUAACAAGUCCACCGGAACUGGUUCACUCUCUCCCGGUACCGUUUCCGGCGUCUCCAGCCGCACCGCUGCCAAAUUCAUUGAAGGGCCCAGACGAGCCCUUGCGGGCUCCGAAACCACAUUUGCCUCCGCCACUUCCUCUCGAGACCACCAACGGUCUGGCUCUCUCGUCGUUUUCUCCGAGUAUCCCGUCUCAAUCGCUCUCGUCGAUGUCAAACGAGAAGGAACCGGAAACUCUUCUCGCUGGCCUGGCCCAAAUCAGUCGUCGAUACAACGAGAUUCAGCGAGGCUUCCGCGACUGUCAUAUGGCGCUGAGGGAGUUGAAGAGGUCCCUAGCGGAGAUCCCCUCUUCGACAAGUCCCUCCCCUACCGAUAUGUCUUUUGGGCUCCGGAAAGCCGUCGAGCGACUCGGCGACUUCAAUGAAGACGCCCGUGUGGAGCUCGAGAUUCGCAUCACAGACGAAGAGCGCAUUGCCAGCGGGUACACUGCUCUCCUCUCUAUCCCCGGAGCCAUGUCCCACUCUGAAGACGCCAACAUGGACGAGACUGAGAUGGUCAAGGAGAUCGCCGCCUUCGUCGACGGGUCCGACCGCUCCGUCGCGAAAGCCACCCUGUCCUUCACCCAGAAGCUCGACGACCUCGAGCACGACAUCGCCUCCAUCAAGCGCGCCCUGCACGAGCUCGCGUCCGCGCCCGAGGACGGACCCGCCGCCGCGUCCGCGUCCGCGCGCACCGCGUCCCCCAGCUGGUCCGCGUGGACCCCGAACUUCCUCAGCCCGUCCCGCUCGGCGAGCCCCGCGCCGCCGACGUUCGGCUCCGUGAUGACCUCCCCGCGCCUCCGCCACUCCUCGUCGAUCUCGCACCUCCGCGAGCGCGCCGGCCCCGGCGCGGGCGGCGACCCGCUCGCGGGCUUACGCCUGCGCAUCGUCGUCUCCGCGCGCAGUCCGUCGGCGGCGAGCCUGAGCCCGACGGGCGCGUCGAAGCUCGGUGCGCGGCAGCGCACGACGUCGGGGAUGUUCAUGCUUGGGCUGGGCAUGCGGAGCUCGACGUCGUUCGGCCCAGGAGCCGGUGCUGGGAUUGGGCCGGGCAGGGGGCUGCAGAAGGUGCCGUCAAGAAGCUCGUUGGCCAGUGCGAGGAACACGGUGACGGCAGAGGAUGGGAUGAGUGCGGUCGAUGAAGGGGAGAGGGGUGCGGAAGGAGGUCAUGUGUCGGAUGUGGAGUGA